CCAAUUCACACCCGAUGUCAUCAUGUGUCAGAUUUGGCCUUCAAUUACUGUGGUUUCUCGCAAUUUGUGAGGGUUUUGCAAUGUCCGAGUGAAGUGAUACACGCGAAAUCGAUGCUGUGACAAUUGACUGACUUACUCGUGUUAAAAUGACAUCGAGAAGUAAAAAUGCAGUACGAAGUUACGAGACUGAAAUUGAAAAGAGUCGGGAGGAGUCUAAUUGGAAGAAGGCUGUGGAGUUGGCUCAGCAGCUCAAGGCCAGGUCACCACAACAUGAAAGUCUUGCACAUUUUCUCAUUGGAGAAGGAAAGUUGGAAGCCUAUCUUGAGGAGUGUGCACCCAUCAAGGAGAAUGUUGAAAGGGCUCAGCGAGAGCUUUCAGAGGCCCGUGGCUACCUGACACUGGCUACAGAUGAGGCAGGGAAGAAGGCUGGAGUAGCUCUCGAUUCCCAUUUAUUAUUAGGGAAGUUAAAUUAUGCCUGUGGAGCCUAUGACGAUGCCUUAAAACACUAUAAACUGGCAGAAUUGAAUACCUUGACGGAGAAGGAACUGCCUGUCCGAAGCCUUCGUAUAGUAGCCGAGUCGUAUGCCAUCAAGGGCUUGUGCUUAGAACAAACUGCGUUACCAGGCUCUACAAGUCGAUACAAACAGGCAGAGAGGGAAUCUGAGAUGAUCCGCAGCUUCGAGGUGUCGUCGGAGCUGAGCCUGCUGUACCUGCAGCGCUGCGCGCGCUGCGCCGGCGCCACGCUGGAGGCCGCGCUGCUGCGCGCGCCGCUGCUGCACAUCCGCGCCGGCCGCCUGCACGCCGCCAUCGACAGGUAUCGCGAAAUGCUGACGGCCGUCGAGUCGGUGUCGACGCAGGCCUUGCGCCUCACGCUCGCCAGGCAGCUCGCCGAGGUGCUCAUGAGGGGCGUCACGGGACAGGUUUACCAGGCGCCCCGGAAGGUGGCGGCUCCCUCGCAGUUGCAGGGCACGCUAACGAGGAGAAGGGAGGAGUACGUCUCGGAGGGACCGUGGAAGCCGAAGAAGUACGCUGGGAUCAAUCAGUUCGUGCCGCGAAACGAGUACGAGGAGGUGCUGCUGCUGCUGCUGGUGGGCGAGGCCAUGGCGGUGCGCGACGCCGUGCUGUCGCAGAGCGGAGAGUUCUCCGCCGCGCGCGACCACUCGCUGCAGAACGCCGUGGCCGUGGCCGACCUGCUGGCGCUGGCCGCCGUGCGCUGGGGGCAGCUGGCGCUCGUCAUCGAGUCGCUGGAGCGCGCGAUGAAGUUCUCGUUCGGUUGCGCGCACAUCUGGCGGCAGCGCGCGCUGGCCACGGCGGCGGCCGCGCGCGCCGCGCCCGCGCCCCCCGCGCCGCCGCUGCCAGGCAGCGCGGCGUGGGGCGCCAGCGUGCGCGCGCUGGGCGUGUGCCGGCGGGCGGCGCCGCUGCUGCGGCACGACGCCGCGCUGCGCCUGCUGGCCGCCAGCACGGCCUACCGCGCCGGCUGGAUAGAGGAGGGAAUCGAGUUGGCGGAGGAGGCGCUGUCGAUAGAGGAGGCUCGGGGCGGCGUGUUGUUGGCGCGCUGCUAUCUCUACUGCGGAAUCGGACGACAAUCGAAAGCACAGAAAACGAAUUCUCGCAUUGAGAAGGAAGCAGAUAACGACACCAGUCUAAGGAUGCUGCUGAAGUCAGUGGAGCUGGACGACAACGACCACCUGGCGUUCUAUCACCUGGCGCUGCAGUAUAUUCACCUGGGGAUGUUGAACGAGGCGAUGGACGCGACGCGCGCGUGCCUGCGGGCGCGCAGCGAGUGCGGCGGCGGCCUGCGGCUGGCGGCGGCGCUGUGGGGCGCGGCGUGCGCGGGCGUGCGCGGGCGCCGCGCGCUGGCGGCCGCGCGCCUGGCGCACCACCACUACCCCGGCGCCGAGUGGCCGCUCGCCAGCCUGGCCGCGCUGCAGCUCGUGUGGGAGAGCGGCGAGGCAGCUCUCGCUACCGGUAAGGAGCUCCUGAAGCUCUUGAACGGCGCGGACGGCGAGGUGGACACGGAACAUACGAACGGGUACGCCGAGCUCGACGCGCUGUCGGACUCGCAACACGACGACACGCACAGCAACAGAGACGCCGCGUCCAUCCGGGCGGAGUCGGCGGGCGCGUACCGCGUGGAGCGCGCGCUGUCGGAGGGCGCGUCGUCGCAGUCGCAGGCGCAGGCCGCGCCGCGGGCGCGCCCGCCGCUCGCCGAGCACCGCGCGCACGCCUGGCUGCUGCUGGCCGACCUCUGCCUCAGGCUAGGAAGAGUGAACGCGGCGGCGGGAUGCGUGUCGGAAGCGGCGUCGCUGACGCCGUUCAGUCACCUCGUGUUUUAUACGCGCGGCCUCGUGCACGCGGCGGGCGCGGAGUGGCCCGAGGCGCGCACGUGCUUCCAGAACGCGCUCGCCAUCCACCCCACGCACCUCGACAGCAUCGUGCAGCUCGGCGCCACGUACUACUCGCUGGGCUGGCUGCGGCUGGCGGAGCGCACGCUGCGCGAGGCGGGCGCGCUGCAGCCGUCGCGCGCCGACACGUGGCGGCGCCUGGCGCUGGUGCUGGCGGCGCUGGGCGAGCCGGGCGCCGCCGCCGACGCGGCCGCCGCGGCGCUGGCGCUGCACCCGCUGCUGCCGCUCGCCGCGCCGCCCGCCGCGCACCUGCCGCUCUGAGCGCCGGAUCAUACUCAGUUCCGCUAGAUGCGAGCGAUUCGACUGCCAGAUGUCUCCCGCGCGCGUGGCGAGUCGGGAGCACGAAAUGUAUUCAUAAGAUGUACUAUAAUUGCCGAAGUGAUCGAAUUACUAUGCAGGUGCUCUAGCAGCGCGCAGCACCGCGUACUUUUGGUUCGCAACGUUAAAUAAGACAACUCGAACCGAUCGCGGUUUAAAAACUAUGCAAUAAGUCCACUGUGUCCUAACAAAGUAUGUAAUGUUACAUAUUAGUUUAUUUAGGGUGCAACAAGAUAUACGUUUAAUACUUAACACGACACGAAUGCUACGAGAUGAAUCGUCUUCACGCCGAGCUGCUCGGACAUUUCCCAAAUAGUGUAUAAACCUUAAAUUUUCAAAAUUGUCGACGUGAAAACAAAUUAUUCAAUUAUUUAAAUACGUCUUCCUUAUUAGCGAAAUAUCAUAAUUGUUGGUGUCCUUAAAUUAUCUUAGGAAUACAAGUUGUAUAUCUGAUUGGUGGUGGGGCGGGGGGUUUGAUAAGCAAGCCCACCACUGCACAGCUACCACUAUUGAACAAAUCAAAGAAAAUAUUUACCAGAUAACUUGACUUCGGCUUACGGCUUGGUUUAACACGAGUGCGUACAAUAUUUGUAUCCGCAACACGUCGCCAAAUGCUACUUUCCCUUAUAAAUAUGAUUCUGUUACUGGAACCCAUUAGGUCAUUUGAAACGAUCAAUGUAUUCCUCUUGUAUAUAGAUUUUUUGAAUAUUUAACUAUCUUGAAUACAUUAAACAUUUACACUUUAUUUGUAUGACAAUAAGGU